CAUACAUCCAAGUCUUCUCCCCAAUGCCUCUUUCACAGUUGGAAGCAUUUACUGGACUCCUUUUCCAAACUAACAACCUCCUCCCUCCUCACUUUAUGUUAUAUAUACCCUUAUUUGUUGGGGUUGUUGUUGCUGCUGCGAAAUCCAAGAAGAAGAAGGAGAAGCAACUGGAGAGGUAGGGAAGAUGCUGGAAGGGAAGGCUCUGAUAGAGGACACCGACAUGCCCGCGAAGAUGCAGAUACAAGCCAUGGCCGCCGCCUCUCAGGCUUUAGAUCUCUAUGACGUUGUGGACUGCAAAUCCAUCGCCGCCCACAUCAAAAAGGAUUUCGACAAGAGGUACGGCGGCGGAUGGCAAUGCGUGGUGGGUUCGAAUUUCGGGUGUUUCUUCACUCAUACGGAAGGGACCUUCAUCUAUUUCACGUUGGAGACUCUCAAUUUCCUCAUCUUCAAAGGCGCUUCUUCUCCCUAGCUAGAUGAUCCCGCCGCUAGCUUCCUCGAUCGCUCGAUCUGGGCGCUCUUCUUCUGCAUCCUCGCCUUUGUCGAUCGUUUGCUUUCCCCUUUCCCCCUUUCCCUUUUCCCUAGCUUAGCUUUCGCCCUGUUUGUUUCCCGAGAGGAGAAAACAUAUAUAUAUAUAUAUAUACAUAUAUACAUAUAUGUAUGUAUGGAUAGUAGAAAUCAAGAAAAAGCGAGAGACAUGGCCUGAGAGAGAGAGAGAGAGAGAGAUAGAGAGAGAGAUAGAGAGGGUCUCUUUGGAAUCCGCUUUUGUACAUAUUUUGUGGAGAAAUGCAGUGUGUGUAUGAUCUGAGAUGGAAAACAAAACACCAGCUGCUGCAUGUUCAUGCUC